UGCCAGGUGCAGUGCAUCAUGUGCCAUAAGGACCAAGUGUUUUGGAGGAAGGAUUGCAGGUGUGGGAAAGCACUGGCUUUAUUAGGCUUAAAGAAGAUGGAAAGCAAAUGAUGUUCUGUUGUGUGGAGGGGAUAAACUGUGACUGGUGCUGUUUUGGAGCAGGAAGUUUGUGCUUAUGGUUCUGAAUGGGAGAGAAAAAUAUGUGAAAAAUGAAGACUGUGUGUUCAAUGGGGAAAUUGUGCAGCAUCUUGAAGACACCAUUGCUGCUAUUAAGAAAUUGGAAGAAAUGAGAAGGAACACCAUUGAAUGCCUAGAAGAAGAGACUAUAAAGAACAGCAAGCUUCGCUUCAGAUUGCACAGUCUUCCAAGAGAGAUUGCUGCAGAGAUGGCAGCUCUUGUUGCUGCGUCACGUGAGUCUGGUGCUGUUAAGAUGAAUCAGCUGCAGUCUGCAUUGAAAAACAUUGCUUAUGAAAUUGACUUACUGGAAAAGAAGCAAGCCCUUUGUGAAAGGCAGAAUGCUGCACUGUGUGAGGAACAAAAGCGCCUGAAGAAACAGCAUAAAGAAAGAGUGCACUUACUGAACGAAAGGAUGGCAACGAGAAUUAGCACAAAUGUGCUCUUACUUGAGACUGAUCGUAGAACAAGAGCUAUAGAAAGAGAACUAAUCAGUGCAAAAGCAGCAUUAGAAGAACUGCAAGCAAAAAUAGCUGAAAGAAUGAGUCAGCUUGAGAAAGAGAUGGAAGAAUGUGAUGAAAAGAACAGAGAAAUGAAAAAAAUCCUCGACGCUCAGAAGGAAAAAACUUCGGCAAAACAGCGCGAGUUUGAAAACCUGAAUGUAAAAUUAUCAGACCUGCAACAUCUGAUCAAUCUGAAUUCCACAGCUAUACAUAAUGAGAAAAUUCUCAUCGCAGAACUGAAAGAAAAGAGGGAACACUUGGAAAAAAAGAUGGAUCUGAAUAAGGCAGACAUGGUGGCAGCUGUGGAAAAGAAAAAUCAGGUUGAUUCUGAGUUUCUGCUUUUACAAUCACAAAUUGUACAAGAAAAAGAGGAUUUUGAUCAGGAACUUGGAAAGGUUAAUGAAUAUCUACAAAAUGUUGAAUGCCUGAAUAAUAAACUUAAAUUGGAAAACAAAGCUGUGCGCCAAAAGUUUGAGCGAGCGCUGGAAGAAGAACAAUACUGGGCCAGAAAAAGAAAUGAGAUGGACACAAAAUCAUGGACUUUAUCUGUUCUGUUAAAUGGAAAGCUUGAAUUUCUAAAAAAUCUCACGAUGAAAACGAAUGACCUGGAGGAGGAAACUGAAAGUCUUAAGGACAGCCUGUUAACAACCAAGGAAAAUAAUGCAAAGGAACUGGCAUCUCUAGAGCAAAAUCUGGAGGCAGAAAAUAAGAUGAGAGUGAUGCUUCAGUGGAGGCUACUACUGUACUUAGCAAUGCAAAGCAAACUCUUGGAAGAGGAGAAUAUAAGCAGAAAACGGAAUGAAAGGAUAGAGGCUGGUGAGAAAAGGAAAGCUGAGCUACUUAAGGAGACCAAAGAGCUUGAAAAAGAAAUUCUUCGGUCUGAAAACCAAAUCAAAGCGCUGACUGAAGAAGCACGUAAGAAAAAAAACGAUUACAAGAGUUAUAAUGAAGAUUUUACUAAUAAAAUAAAACAUCUAGAGGAUGACAUCAAAACUGCAAGUGAAAAUCUUCUUAAAAUAGAAGAGAAGUUAAAGGCGAGCAUGCUGACUUUGGAAGAAACCCAGAAGGAAAGAGAUGAGAAGCAUACAGAAUAUGAAGAGCUGAGGAAAUCAUUUCUAAAAAAGAAAGAUGAAGAGUUACAAAUCCAAAGAGCCAUUGAGAAAUCAAUCAAGACUACUGGGACGCUCAAGGAGGAAAUACUGGAGCUACAGAAGCAAUUGCAGAUCAAGCGUGAUGCUGCCGUCAGCCAGAUGAAGCAUCAAACUGAGAGUAUGAAGUUGCUGGAAAGAGACAUCUAUGAGAUCAACAGGAAACUUGACAUUGUGAACAUCGAGAACUGCAGAUUCAAAUCAUGCAAUGCGCAGAUGAAAGAAGACAUCCUGGCAAUGAAUGCUGAAGCAGAAGUCCACCAGUCAACGAUAGUGAAAAUUCAGAAUGACCUGGCAAUGCUUCGUGGUUUACUUCUGGAGAGAUGGGCAGAGGACAGCUCCAUUCAGAAGGAAUUCCUGGAGAACGAGCAGGAAAUUCUGAACGCAUUGGCAGCCCUGGUAAGAAAAAUCCAGCACCGAGAGGAGAAGAUUGGUGACAUUAACAGCAGGGUACGGGAUAGUCUGGAAGGACUGGAUGCUCUGUUUGAAAAGAAAGCUAGAAUGGACAAUGAUGAUGCAGUUAAGAAUAAAUGAGGAAAAGCUCAAGAUAUUUUUUGGAAGACAGAAGCCAGCAUAUGGGAUGAGGAAACCAAUGCUAUGUUUUAUUCAAACCCCCCUCAUUGAAAUUCUAUUCCAAAGGUUGUGUUGCUUUAUUCAAACACCACCUGAAAUCUUACAUUAAAAAAAUAAAUAAAUACAAGCAAAAUACUGUA